AUGUUGGAAACACCCCCUCCCAACCACCCCUUCCACUCACACACACCCCCAGGCCGCAAAUGGUUCGACUGCCCCGAAUGCCACGCCGAGCAAGAGUCGCACCCGCUGCUCCAACGAUUCGAGAUGAUCUUCGCGUGCAAGAAGUGCCGCAAGUGCUUCCGCAAGGACGCGCAAGAGUUCGAGGAGGCGGACGAGUACUGCCCGCACUGCGACAACCACUUCGUGCUGGACGCGCUCACGCCCAAGGCGGCCAUCAGCGUCGAGGGCGCCGACGUGCGCGUCGACAGCCGCAUGAUCAAGGACGAGCGCGAGAAGGCCAAGGACGGGGAGCGCGUGACUGUGUUUGAUCCUGAUCGGGAGGCGGAUAAGCUGGGUUGA